AUGGUUGAUGACAACGACGUGCUGUGCCAGUUCCCCAGGUCGCAGAGCAGUCCGUUUUGCGAAGACCACGGCUGCGUCGAGGCCGGCUGUAGAAGCAAGCGCGAUCAACGCGAUCAACGCGACCCCGCCGGCGAGGACCUACAGCGCUGCGGCGACCACCGGUGCGCAGUCCAGUUCUGCCCCAACCUCAGGCGCGAACACGGCCACUGCGCGGCGCACACGUGCGCGAGCCCCGACUGUCAAGCCCGCGUGCCCGGCCCCGGAACAGCAGCAGGCGCGGGCCGGUUCUGCGACCUGCACCGCCAGUGCCGGCUCGAAGGCUGCGACGAGCCGGUCAAGCGCCGCAGAGCCGACGGCCCCGUGGGCGUGGCGCUGGCCCUCUGCCGCGAGCACGGGUGCGGCGCCGAGGAGUGCGCCGAGCAGCGGCCCCUGACGGGCGACUUCUGUCGCGCCCACGAGUGCUCCGCGCCCGAGUGCCGCGCCGCGCGAAGGGCUGCGCAGCGACGACGCGGCGGCGGCGGCGCGCGAGGAGAGGACGGCCAGGAGGCGGGCGACGAGCUCGGGCCGGGCUACUAUUGCCGCCAGCACGAGUGUGCCGAGCAAGGGUGCUGGCGGCCGAGGACGCACGGCCGGACGUGCCGGGAGCAUCAGGGCUGUGCGCGCGCGGGAUGUGCGAAUUUCGUCGAGGCCGAUGAGCGGGGCGACGUGUGUCGACAACACCGCCUCGGGCCCUGCCACUUCAUCGACCGCGCCGGCGACGUCACCGCGCCGUGCCCGCGCCGCGCCGAGCCCGACGCCCGGCACUGCGCGCUGCACCUCUGCGCCGUGCGCGGCUGCCGUCGCGAGCGCCCGCACGCGGGGGCCGAGUACUGCGCCGCCCACGGGUGUCGGCGCGGGGACUGCCGUGGCCGCGCCGCCGGCGAUGCGGGCCUGUGCGGGGCGCAUGCCCGGGAAGCGGGGCCGGCUCCGGCGCCGGGUGGGGCCUGCGCCGCCAUGUAG